UUCAAAAUUAGCACACCUCCUGUUUGAGCCAUGGCUGGCUGUGCCGCGCCUGCAGGUGGCUCAGGGGACAGCACUGUCAGGAAGCAGCAGUAUCCACCUUCCAGACCCCAGCACGCCGACGCCUGCAGGACUGUAUUUUGAACCAGAACCAAUGUCUUCCACGCCCAGUUAUUUUCAACCCCGAGAAUUUUCCACCUGUGUCUCUUGUGAAGAAAGUCCAGGCUGCCUCGACCAGCUCUUUGAGUCCUACCUUCAGACAGAGACAAUCCCGGAGCCCUUGCUCAACACCGCACCAAGUGUUCCCCACUAUUUCCCAGACAGCUGUCAAGUGGCCCCUUUCUGCUAUAACCAGAGCCUGAUUCCAGGAUCGCCUUCGGAUUCCUCCAGCCUCUCUGGCUCCUUUGACUGCAGCUACUCGCCAGCUCAGCCGCCUUCCUACACUCCAGAGAAUUAUACUUCUCCGCCUUCCCUGGAUUCCCUGACCCACAGCCUCCCGGAGGAAGGUUACACAUACCACCACCUUUGGCCUUCUCACUCCCAGGACAACCACUUCUCCCCAGCCACCCCUCCGGUCUGCUACUGGGCAUCCUGUGAAGCAGAGCAUCUGGAUGCCCUCAGAACCUCAGAGUUCUUCUACCCCAGCACAGACUAUGUGGACUUUGCCCCCUCGGCAGCCAUCACUGGUGAUUUCUAUAAGAGGGAAACAAGCUGUGAUAUCUGCUACAGUUAGUAAAAACCACCCUGGAGCGUGCCGUGGGCACAUCUGUUUCUCUACCGCAUCUAGAUGUAAACAUUCAA